AUGAGAGGGCGGGGUCCAAGAGCGCGAAGAGUCAAAAGGGAUCCCUACAACUCCCCAUUUUACAAUGUCUACCACUGCCAGCAAAGAAUUUAUGCUAUUGCAGCUUUUGAUUCAGUUUGGGACAAGGAGAGCACUCUCGCUAAAGGGUUUUGGCAAAGGUUUGCCAUUCCCUACAGUUACUUUGAUCAAGUCUACAACAAUUGGAAUAGAAGUGGUGAAUACAAAGAAGAAAGGAGUAGGAAUGGAAGAGCAAGAAUUGACGGCCGAAUUUUGAUUAUGGGUUCACUUGGAAUCUAUACUCAAGACCUUGCGUUUGAUUGGAUGGAACUUUUCACGGAAUGUAUGGAUACGGUUCCCCAAGCAUUAGCCAAGGUAAUGGACUUUUAUACUCUAUUGGGUUUACCAGGAUGUAUUGGAUCUAUUGACUGUGUUCAUGUUGGUUGGGAUGGUUUCUCAGCUGGCUACCAUGUAGAUGCAAAGGGCAAGGAAGGCUUUCCAACUUUGUCCUUUGAGGUGGAAUGA